AUGACAGAUCCAGCAGGCUCCUUCAACCACUGGGCCAGGGACAUGCAGUUGUUCUCAGUGACCCCAGCCUCCUUCUCCAACAACCAGCUGACCAGCAUGGACACGACAAUCAUCCCAUCUCUCAUGAGAGGCACCCUCAGCAAAACUCGCAGCGAAACGCCAGUGAACGAGACUGUUCAGAAGACUUUCCAGCCCACCCAGAAAUCAGUUGAUGGCCCAUACAUCACACGGGCAGGCCGCGUUUUGGAGCACGGUUCCAGACAGGGUUGCCCGGCCUCGCCCUUUCUGUUCGCCCUCGCCAUGGAGCCCUUGGAAGAAGCCAUCAGGAGGAACCCCGGUAGUGACUGGCAUAGAAGUGCAAUGGCCGAUAUCCAUCUGCUCACUGCAGCCUCCAAGACGACCAGCCUGUCACUCAGAAACCGUUCCCAUGGUAACGAACCCCCUGCAUUCACCCUCCCCCCACGCAAUGCCAGGGUCAGCGUUGGGGGCACCGUCAGGCUGGAGGGGAAGGUGCGCGGCCGUCCCGAGCCUCUGGUCACAUGGUACAGGGAAGGAGUGGCCGUGAUUGGUGGAGAACGAUGUGUGAUCGAGCAGAGUGGGCGGGGAACCUUCAGCCUGGUGCUCCGCGGUGUCAGAGAGGAGGAUUUAGGCCGUUACACCUGCCAGGCCGCCAGCGAGGCGGGCAGCCGACAGGUCACCGUGGAGGUCAUCAUGGAAGGGAAUUCUGGGAAGAUGUGCAGCCCUCCUUCCUCCGUGAAAACAGGGGGGCAUUCUGUGGCCCCAACAGUGGAGAACAGGCCCAGUAUUUGGGGUGAGAGCCCCCCGAAAUUCAUCACCAAGCCAUCCAGAAUCUUCGUCACGGUGGGAGCGACUGGAAAGUUCUCUGCCAAGACCACCGGUCGGCCCCAGCCCCGGGUCACAUGGCUGAAGGGUGAAGUGGCGCUUCAGUCAUGUGAUCGGUUCAGUAUCUAUGAGCGCUCUGGUAUGCACUUCCUGGAAAUACAGGAAGUUAGUCUGGAGGAUGCUGGAAUUUACAUGUGUUCAAUCGCCAACCGGGCAGGCAUGGCCACCGCCACCGCAGAACUCAAUGUCCAGAGGUCUGCAGGUGGGUCCACCAGAUACAUCCCGUCUCCCACCGCUCCCUUCUCCAAAGCAGCCCAUACAGUCACACAGACCAGUAACAGACUGUCUCUGGAGUCCAGACCUCCCAGUGCUCCCAGUAAGCAUAUAGACCAGCCCAAAGAAAGGCUUCCUUCUCCUAAAGCUGCCAUGGAGCUUCCUGUCGGUGGAGAAAGGAAGUCUGCUGAUCCUUCACCAAAGACUGUUGGACUUCCUGCACAGAUCAGACCCCUACCUACAGAGAGGAACCAGAACCAGAAUCCUGAACGACAGCAAACAAGCAGCACCACCGACCCCUCCAGGUGGGAGACGGACGGACGGACGGACGGUGUUUUCAGGGGCGCAGGAUCCAAACCGCGGUUUGAGGCCCUGCCAAGGGUCCAGGAGGCCAUAGAGGGAGCCAGAGUCACUUCCACAUACCAAGGUGGCCGGUAUCGUGGCAUGGCUCCAGUCUUCAGCAGUGUGUUAAAGGGUUGCGUGGUGACAGAGGGACAGGACUUCACUCUGCAGUGUUCAGUCCAAGGAAAUCCUCCUCCCGCCGUCUGCUGGCUCUGCAACGAGAACCCUGUGUCUGGUGCACGCUGUUCCUUCGACAUGGACGUGGCCAAGCUGACGGUCCAGAAUGCCUUGCGGCAUAAUGAGGGCGUCUACAUGUGUGUGGCAGAGAACAGCCAUGGGAGAGCCGACUGCAGUGCCAGAGUACAAGUCAAAGCGAGGAGAUCGACUCAGAGGUCAGAGGUCGGGGGGGUCAGAGGACCCUCAGCUCCGUUCUUCAUCAACGGUCUGACUGACCUUCAGGUCAUGGACGGAAGUCAGGUCACCAUGACCGUAGAAGUUACUGGUCAUCCGGCUCCAGAGGUGAUGUGGCUUCACAAUGGACAGGAAGUGAUAGAGUCUGAAGAUUUCCAUCUGCACAGGAAGGAAAACAUCUGUACGCUGCUGAUCCAAGAGGUCUUCCCCGAGGACACGGGGAUGUAUACCUGCCAGGCCUGGAACCAGUAUGGAGAGGACCACACACAGGCCACACUCACUGUGCAGGAGCCUCAUGAUGGCGUUCAGCCCUGGUUCAUCACCAAACCCAAGGCGGUGAGCGCCCGCGUGGGUCAACAUGUCCUGUUGUCUUGUGCCAUCGCUGGCGACCCUUUUCCCCAGUUCAGCUGGAGCCGAGUGGGACACAGCCAGCCGCUGGUGUCUGGAGGAGACUAUGAGCUCCUGCAGAAGGAGGAUGUGGUCUCACUGUUAAUCAGGAGAUCUCUCUCUCUCUCUCUCUCUCUCUCUCUCUCUCUCUCCAGUCCUAGAGGAGGAGGAGCGGUAGCUGGUGGGACAGUGUUGUUCAGAGGAGGAGCUGUCAGAGGAGAAGGGAGAGGAGAGGAGGAGAGAAGCAGCAGCUGGAAUCGUCUCCCGCUGAGCAGCCAUCGGUGGCAGGACGCCAAGGAGGGGACACAGAGAGGAGCCCAGAAGGAGCAGCAGCUCCCAGUCGACCAAGCAGAGUUCUCUCCCCUCACCCCAGGCAAGGAACAGGAGGACUCCCUUCUGGCGUGUGGCCUCCUCAGGCGCGGUGUGGAGACCAGGGAACGCGGUGAAGAGGAGUGGCGUCAAAAGGAGGUGCAGCAGCUGGACUUCCGCUCCCUGUUGGGACGCCGUGUUGUCAGCACCAAACACAACCCGGAAGAGGACCUGAGGGAGGCCACUGAGCAGAUGGACUUUAAAGCCAACCUGAAGGGUGUGGGGGUCCGAGGUAAGGCGCUGGCGGAGGAGGAGAGGAAGACCAGCGCCCCCCAGCAGGUGGACUUCCGUGCCGUGCUGGGGAAGAAGGGGGGGGCGGGGGGACCAAAUGUCGCCAAGCCUACCGACCCCGUCAAGAAUGCCGCAUCAGCAGACUUUCGCUCGGUUCUGUCCAACAAGAAGAAACUGAGCAACCUGGAGAAGAAUGAAGAGAGCGGACCCACCAAAACCAGCAAGAAGGAGGACAGGGUGAAUAACUGUUUGGAUGGCGAGAUUAACCAGAAGAAGACUGGAGGAGGAGGAGGAGGAGGAAGUGGAAAGGAGCCAGAAUUUGUGGAGAAACUGAAAGACGUGACAGUUCUGGAAGGACAGCGUCUGAGGCUGCAAUGCCGCCUGUUGACCUCUGACCCCAGUGAUGUCACUGUUACCUGGACCCUGGACGGCAAGGUCAUCAAACCAUCCAAGUUCAUCAUCCUCGCCAACGAAGAUGGUCUGUGCUCUCUGACCAUUGAUAAAGCCUUGCCGGAGGAUGAGGGGCAGUACCGAUGUCGAGCCGACUUGUCGACAGGGAAGGCUGAAUGUUCCUGCAUGGUGCUGGUGGAUGAUCCAGCAGAAAACUCCACAGCUGACAAGAAGUUGAAGAAGGUGACCACCCCUACCUCAGAGAGUGAGGCAAGGAUAAAGAAGCCAACAGCCAAGACUCCUCCUAAACCGGCCCUGCCCCCCCAGAUUCUCCAGUUCCCAGAAGACAUGAAGAUCUUGGCUGGGGAGAAGGUUGAGAUCUUCUGCAAAUUCUCUGGCGCUGCUCCCAUCCGCUGCACCUGGCUCAAGUUCAGGAAACCAAUUCAGGAAGGUACCAACGAUAUCACCAUAGAGAGUUCAGACAGCAGCAGUAAACUGACCAUCAUGGAUGGUCAGCAGGAGCACUGUGGCUGCUACACCAUCGAGCUGAGAAAUAACUACGGCCUACGCCAGGCCGCCCUCAACCUCACCAUUGUCGAUAAACCGGACCCUCCAGCUCGGGUCCCCGCGGCAUCAGACAUCGGGCGGUCCACCCUGACCCUGUCAUGGUACGGUCCAACCUAUGACGGAGGCAGCGCUGUCCAAUCCUACAACCUGGAGAUUUGGGACUCAGUGGAUAACCAGUGGAAAGACCUGGUGUCCUGCAACAGCACAUCAUACAACGUGCAGAACCUUCUUCCUGAUCGUCAGUACAAGUUCCGGGUGCGUGCGGUGAAUAUUUACGGUGUGGGAGAGCCCAGUGCCGAGUGUGAACCAGUCACCGUGGGUCUGGUGGAAGACGAGGGGAACCAAGAAGAGGAGGCCGAGGAGGACGACGAAGACUCUGAGAAGGAGCCAGAAUACAGAGAUGUGACCGUGAGGACAGACGUGAAGGUGAAAGAACUGUAUGAUGUGGAGGAAAGGCUGGGCACGGGGAAGUUUGGUCAGGUCUUCAAGCUGGUGGAGAAGUCCACAAAGAAGGGCUGGGCAGGAAAGUUCAUCAAGGCUUAUUCCGCCAAGGAGAAGGACAACGUCCGACAAGAGAUCAGCAUCAUGAACAGCCUCCAUCACCCCAAACUGGUCCAGUGUGUGGACGCCUUCGAGGGCAAGUCGGACAUCGUGAUGGUCCUGGAGAUGAUCUCGGGUGGAGAGCUUUUUGAGCGGAUCAUUGAUGAGGACUUUGAGCUGACAGAGAGAGAGGUGAUUAAAUACAUGCUGCAGAUCAUUGACGGCGUCAGCUUCAUCCACAAGCAGGGCAUCGUCCACCUCGACCUGAAGCCUGAAAACAUUAUGUGUGUCAACAAGAACGGCAGCAAGAUCAAACUCAUCGACUUCGGCCUGGCCAGACGGCUAGAGAACGCGGGGACUCUGAAGGUGUUGUUCGGGACUCCAGAGUUUGUGGCUCCUGAAGUGAUCAACUAUGAGGCCAUCAGUUAUCCUACUGACAUGUGGAGCAUAGGAGUCAUCUGUUACAUCCUUGUGAGUGGUCUGUCCCCCUUCAUGGGCGAUAAUGAUAAUGAGACUCUGUCCAACGUGACCUCAGCCACCUGGGACUUUGAAGAUGAGGCCUUCGAUGAGAUCUCAGACAACGCCAAGGACUUCAUCACCAACCUGCUGAAGAAGGACAUGAGGGCCAGGCUGACCUGUGCCCAGUGUUAUGAACACACCUGGUUGAAGCAGGACACCAACACCAUGAAGGCAAAGAAACUGUCCAAGGAGAGGAUGAAGAAGUACAUCCUGCGCAGGAAGUGGCAGAAAACGGGCCAUGCGGUGCGAGCCAUCGGCAGACUGUCCUCCAUGGCCAUGCUGGCUGGAGUCAGCGCCAAGAAGGGGUCGCCCACUGAGGAGGAUAACCAGUUCCUGGAGUGUUUGGAGUACGAACAGAAGACAGAGUGUAAACCUUCUUUCAGCUCCGUCAUCAAAGACGUGGAGGUGGUGGAGGGCAGUGCUGCUCGCUUUGACUGCAAGAUAGAGGGUUACCCAGACCCGGAGGUGGUCUGGUAUAAAGAUGACCAGCCAAUCAAAGAGACCCGACACUUCCAGAUCGACUAUGACGAGGACGGGAACUGUAGUCUGGUUAUAUCUGAGGUGUCUGGGGACGAUGAUGCGAAAUACACCGUGAAGGCAGUCAACAGUUUGGGGGAGGCCACCUGCACUGCUGAGCUCCUGGUUGAGGUGAUGGCUGGAGAGGAAGAGGAGGAAGAGGAGUAGAGAUGAGCUAUGAAGAGGAGAAAUCUGGUGUUGAGUCUUCUGUGGUGCAGAUCUGAUGUCUCCAUUGCUGGCUGACCAGAGAUCAGUUUCUGUGGAUUUUGUCUCUGUUCAGACAGAGAUGAAUACUGUGGAUCUGCACCACAAAGAGUUAAUAGGUCAGACUGUCACUCCUGAUUCUAACACUGCUAUUUUCUGAUAACUUGUGUUGCUUGUUUUAUACUGCUAGCUGUACCAGAUGGGUGGACAUCAUGACAGUCCCAGCAGUGUCAGGUAACAUGUCAACUACAGAAAAGUGUGUUAAAUAGUCUCGUAAAUACUUUACCGUGGUUGUCUAAACUGUUUGCUGCUCGUUGCGUCGGUCUGUGAUGACUCCACUCGUCUGGGAGCUCCAGUUGGUUAAAACAAAGAUUGUAUGUGUCAUAGAUAGUUUUUGGCCUUGGUCUGCUCCCAGUGUUGGUCCAGGUGUAGAAAGGAGUGGAUGGAGUGGCAAUUAGAGGAGGAACACGGGGAGCAGGAGGAGAUGACGGAGAUGACCAGAGACUUAUAUUUACUGAGCUGUGUCAUCGACACAUCAGCACCGAUGUAACGCUCAGCUAGCACCUGCUCUGAGACGAGACAUUUAAAUGAGAGAGGAAAUACAUCAGAUAUAAAUAUGGGUUAAUUACCACACUUGCUGCUGCGGUUGACAUUAGCAUUCACCCCUAAUGCUAGCUAGUGACAGCGCAUUAACUGCUGUGAUGUAGAUAAUACUUACCAGACAUGAACUUAAGUUGUCUUAACCGAACCUUCCCUUCUUCUCAGCGAGCCCUCUUCUGAUUUCCCCCUCCGACAGACACAACUUAAGCUGCUUCACUACAGGAUUUAAAUGUGGACUGCCACCAAAUGUGAGCCUUAAUUUCAGGUCAGGUCUCCUGUUGGGAGUCAUGAUCACCCUUAGAGGGCCCAGCGCUGUCAGCACAUGGCUCUAGCUCUUCCUCGUGAUGGUGAUAUGAUGGUAGUAAUAAUGAUGACAAACAUCAUGGUGACAAAUCAUUAUGAUUUUAAGGUGCCUCAGUGAUGAAGGUUGUCCUUCCAUCUGAUGUGUUCAGCUGAGAAUCUUUGUGUUUGGGCACUUCCUGUCGUUUUCUUAAUUUGCUCACAGUUUGAGCCAAUCAGGGCUGAGCCUCCAAAACCCUCUUACUGCUAAAAUGCUCUGUGCCUUAAAAAUACUUUAAAUUCUCAUCUGGUUCUUUUCUUAACCGGGCGCUUGUCACUGAACAAGGGAAAAUAAAUCUGUAUUUUUUACUACUUUGUGUACGGCUGUUUGAAACAGACGGUCAAAAGCUCAGCUGCUAGCUUACAGACAGCAGUACCACUUCAUGGCGUUGUGCCAUUUGUCGCCCCAUGCCCACUCUGGUAAUGUCGACAAAGUUAGUUUCUACGGGACACGGGCCCAAGGUUGUUCAGUCUGUUGGGACGUUCACUGUAACACACUACAACAAAUGUGACGUCCACAUAGUUGCGUUAUCGAUGGAUGUUCAUCACAAACAGUUCCUCAGUCUCCGUUUUUAAAGUCAUCUUGUCUGUCCCUUCAUCACAACAUCAACAGUUUUCAGCACAUACAUCUUCAUUUCAGAACAGGAGGUGGAUGUGCAGCAAACUGCUUCCAUUAUGGUGCAAGUGGAACAGUUUUAACCAGGGUAGACCUCAUUAAUGUAGACCUCAUUACUGCAGCUCAGUCAUCGCCAGCCUCGUGCAGAUCAGUGCAACUAAAACACAGAACCUUUUACUCACACUUGCAGUCUUUAUUCCAGUUGUGUGAAGGUUUCCGUUUGCGUCUUAUCAGUCAGACUUAUGCGACUUGGCAGGGCUUUUGGGUAGGAUUGUGCUGUGCUUGUGUAUCAGAAGCUGCCUGGUGGUUAACCUCACCUCACCUAGGUCGUCCGUCAGGACGCCCCUAUAGGGUUUCGGUUGCACAUGUUUGUUUAAAGCAUGGGGGCGCUACUCCACAUGCAGUUCUAUGGUUCUCCGCUAACGGGAGAUUUUGUGUCUGAUUGUCAAGAUGUGUUGAUCUGCAAAGCCACGAUGUCCCCCGGUCCAUAACAUCAGUCUAUGGAUGAAUGCACCUAGGACCACUGCUACCCAUAGGAAUAGCAGGAUUUAUUACCGAGGUUUACUCCUCUAGAGCUGCCGUGUUCUCCUCUGUUGUCCCGUGACAACGGUAACAGGAUUACCGCGAGGAGGGUGUGGCUCUUCACCACGCACGGACGGUCAUUCAUCAUGGAGAGGCGAUAUUUUGCGCUUCACAUAAUGCUGGGGUGUAUGGAGACCAGUCUAGGACGCCACGAAAGGCCAUCUAGGAAAGUCCUACUCCUGUACUUAACUACAGUGGUUAAUCAGCAGCGUUUCAAACACAAAAUGAGAAAGUUGAUGCCUUACGGCCUCGGGGACCUUCAGGGUCACACACAACCAAAGGGAAAUAGACGGUGAGGGCAGAUCCAUGUACAGAAACAGUUUGAACAAGGCACGUCCGCAAUAAUGACAAACUUUUGUGAUGUUGUUAGCUUUCCCUGGUGAAAGACUUAAAAUUAAACCGUUCUGUUAGCUUAGCAUCUGGUUUUAUAAGCAGCAACAGAUGCGACCCAUAAAACUCAUCCACAAGCUAAUUAUUACACCGUCACUUCAGUCCAGGCAGCCGGAGCACUUUUUCUUUCAGUGUGGGAAAGGGACGGAUAGUGCCUCCUAUUGGCCACAUCUGUUCCUGAAAAAAAAACUCCCUAACGUUCAUAUGAAAUAUUUGCUGCAAAAACAAGGACUGCAGUGUAUGAAUAUGUAAAUUGGGCUCUGACAGACGUGACUCUAAAGGAAGGUGUUUUUCUACAUGUAAUUGGACUCUGGUCAUGUUUAUUCUAGAUGAUUUUCUCUAGGAUUCAAGUGGACACUUGAGACAAUGUGUCCUCUUGAAUCUGUCCGGCUGGAUGUGAAGGAGUUUGUGAGACGAAUAGACUCGACUGAAAAUAACUUCCUUAUUUUCUUCCAUGUUUGCUAUUAAAUUAAUUUCACUGCACCAACAAGAAUUAUUUUUACGAGCUAAUUAGCAUGAAAACUCUCCUUGUAGCAGCUUUGAUCUCGACCCAUAUGGAGAUGAGGAAACAAGAGAAACCUGACUUCAGUGAAAGUCAUGUGACUGUGAGGUGUCAUCAGAGAGGCUGGUUGGUCGGAUGUUGAUGUUGACGUCAUUCGUAUCUUCUAAUAUUUGCCACAUUCCAGCUGUUUGUGCUUUUUGCUGAGUUUUUCAGGUUGAUCAAUGAUUUUAUGCGUUAAACCAAACUAAACUUAAAAACCAAAGUUCUAAAGUCACGGGUGUGUGUUUGUGUGUGAGCUCAUCAGCAUUAUGCUUCUUUUAGAUGUACCAGGCCCUGUUUGGUUGAUGUUUUUCAGAUUGUUUUAUUUUGAGACUUAUUUAAGCACAGAUUCAUUAUUAUUGUUAUUAUAUCAUUUAGGCAUCCAUCUUCUUCUUCCAGAUCAUCUGGCAGCACUUAAUUCUCACCACAUGACAAUUCCCCAAUGCUGAAAACAGUCAGUGAACUGUCACCGAGAUUGAUUUGUUUUUGUUGUAUGUAGAUUAUAUAUCUCUAAUUUUUAUAAAUAUAUAUCAGUUUGACAAAGUGCAGAUGACAUGUAUGGAGAUUGCUACAGAUGUAGUUACUCACGGUUAAUAAAUAAAUUUCUAACACAGAAUAAAGCA